AUGCAGGAAGCCCACAGCGACGCCGAAUCUGCCACUCACAUGAAGAUUGAGGGAAUCAACGACGAGAUUGUAGAAGCUACUAUUGCUCAAUUACAGGCCACCUGCAACCGACCUCAUCUGGUGCGAGAGCUGGCAACUGUGCUUUCGCAGCAGAUUCCAAUUGUCAAGAACAUUGCGUCUGGAUCCGAAGAUGGUGACGACAUCGACCUUCGCCGGCGGGAUUUAAGCCCGUCCCCCGAGGUCGAUCUUUCCUCUCCUGAAUUUGAUGAUGGUGACGAAGACUUUGCCAUGCCUACUACUCCCGUCGGGUCACUACCAAGCAGUUUCCGGUACUCAAGAAGCCAGCGCAGUGCCUCCCCUCCUCUGGAAAAGGAUGAACGAGAGUUUACGCAGACGGCCGACUGUUUGCAGAAACGCAAGCUCGCCCGCGAACUGUCUUUGACGGGCAAUGGCGAGCAAUCUGCCAAUGCCUAUGAACCGGCACGGGAUGAUGUCAUGUUCGACGAGAGAACCGGCGUGGCCGUAAACAGCGGGUUGGCAACUAUGCAUCAUUUCAUCACGAGCCCUGCCUUUAAGGCAACCGUCCCAGCGAGCGCCAAAAAAGAAAAUGACAGCGACAGCUGGUUCAAGCUAGGGGGCCUCCUAGAAUGGGACCAUAGCCCUGAAAGUAUUGAACUUGAUGAGCUUGAUUGUUUGCUGGACUCUUGUUAA